AUGGCGCAGGACUUUUCUCUCUCUGUAGCGUUGGCCUCGGCGUCGACGCUCGUCCUUCUCCAGUUCUUCUCUAGGAUUUUCACAUUUCUGCUCAACCAGGCGUUGGUCCGCCUCGUCUCUCCUCAGGCCUUCGGCACCGCUGCGAUCCAGUUUGAGCUCCUCCUCUCCACCAUCCUCUUCCUUUCGCGCGAAGGCGUUCGCGGUGCCCUUCUACGAGCCACACCGUCGUCCGAUGCUACGCCGGACAAGCCCGCUGAUCAGCACUCAGAAGUACUCGCAGCUAAUAUAUCUCUCCUUCCGGUACUCCUUGGAAUUCCUGCGGCGAUACUUAUCACCGUUUUCUACACGGUCACCGCAUCAGUUUCCACUGUGUCGCAGCCACACUUCCGUCUCAGCGUCACCAUCUAUGUCUGUGCAGCUCUCCUUGAGCUCCUCUCAGAACCUCUCUACAUUCGCGCCCAAAAUCAACUUCGGUUUGAUGUACGCGCCAAGGCUGAGGGCCUCGCCGUCGCUCUCAAAUCCGUCGUUGCGUUUGCUGUCCUAAUUGCCGCCUCUGCCGACUGGGCUCUCGUUGCCUUCGCUAUGGGACAAGCUGUCUAUGGCCUGACUAUCUAUCUGUCUUACUUGAAGACAUAUCGCGGGUACAGUCUCUGGCCGAGAAAGGUCACAACGGUGGUACAUGGCAACUCCAAAACGAUGUAUUUUGACCCAUCGUUGUUGCAUCUCGCUCGUGCCAUGACGGGUCAAUCUGUGAUCAAACAUUUCUUGACCGAAGGAGACAAGUUUCUCGUGUCCAGGCUGAGCCCACUGGCUGAUCAGGGUGGAUAUGCCAUGGCAUCCAACUACGGUUCACUCGUUGCCCGCAUCAUACUCCAGCCGAUCGAAGAAACCUCGCGCAUGUUCUUCUCCAAAACGCUCGCUGCGAAGAACAAGGAAGCGCUCGAAACAGCAUCCAGCAUGCUGUUUUCUCUACUUUUGAUGUUUACACAUUUGUUUCUAAUGCUCGUGACCUUUGGUCCGCCGUAUCUUCAGCUUGCUGCAUCACUCCUCCUCCCGCCACGAUAUCUCGACACCUCUGCGCCCAUCAUCCUGCACACGUACAUCUACUAUAUACCCAUCAUGGCAUACAACGGGAUCCUGGAAGCAUUUUUUGCAUCGGCAUGUUCGCCCGCGGAUCUGCAUGCACAGAGCCGCUGGAUGUUCGUGUUCUCUGUCGGGUUCGUCGUCGCUGCUGUCGGAUUUGCAAAGGGCCUGGGGAUGGGCGAUGCCGGACUCGUGUGGGCGAAUAUUGCAAACUUGCUUUGCCGGGCGGUGUACGCGUGGCUAUUCGUGCAGCGCGUCUUCAGAGAGGAGAACAGCGCGCAUUUGGUGAGUUGGAGGAAGGCAGCCCCUCCGGCAGCCGUGUUGGCUGUGUUCGUGAUGUCCGCCGCUAUCACGCGGUGGAGCGAGGUCAGACAUUCCGACCUUCCUGUGAGCGUCGGUGCGCAGAUUGGGCAUAUAUCGGUUGGUGUGGCGUGUCUUGUUGGAUGUCUGUCUACGUGGUGGGUUAUCUAA